UCUUCUCAGAAGCAGGCACAGAUUACACUACCCAUGGCAUCAGAGUGAAACUGCUGCACGGGGACACAUGGCUGCCUAGAAGGCUGGCAUCUUAUGAUCAGAUCCUGAAGAGCUAAUAAAUGACCAUCCAUCAGACUACAGAGAGAUUUUUAUUGCAUCCAGGCUGGUAUUAGCCCAAAGAUACUACUCAGGGAGGACAAUGAACAGCACUGCUAAGUGCCAUGAUGAUCAUACCCUGGAUAAGUAUCUGUUUCCAUUUGUGUACAGCAUCGUGAUGAUGAUCAGUAUUCCCAUCAACUGCAUAUCACUCUGUGCAUCUUGCCUCCAGGUGAGGAAAAAGAAUGAGUUAGCAGUCUACAUCUUCAGUCUAUCCCUGGCUGACCUUUUGUACUCUCUGAUUCUGCCUCUGUGGAUUGAUUACGCCUGGCAUGGAGAUAACUGGAGGCUCUCUGCCUUGCUUUGUCAGAUUUCUGCUUUCCUUAUGUAUAUGAAUUUCUACACCAGCACUGCAUUCCUUGCCUGCAUCUCAAUUGACAGGUACCUGGCAUUAGUUCACCCCUUGAAGCUCCAGCACUUGCGCACAAGAAGAUUUUCAUUGCUUGUCAGCAUAAUUGUUUGGCUUCUGGAAAGCAUCUUGAAUUCAGCCAUACUGGUGAACAAAGAAGUAUUCAAUGAUCCUUGCAAUUUCACUAAUCAUACAUUAUGUUAUGAAAAAUACCCCCUGGAAUGGUGGCAGGCACAGAUAAAUUUAUUCCGGAUAUGCUCAGGGUACAUGAUCCCUUUGAUAAUCAUUGUGUUUUGCUACCAUAGAAUCUACAAAGUAGUGAAGUGUAAUCAAGCCACGGUAGAUGAAGAAAAGAAAAAAGUGAAGAAACUUAUUCUGAAUAUCACAGUUACUUUCAUUGUUUGCUUCACUCCUUAUCAUGUUAUAUUGCUUAUUCGCAGCAUCAAGGAACCUUAUACUACUGACCCACAGUUUUUGCAGCUGAUGUAUAAGGUUUACAGAAUCACACAGGCCUUAACAAGUUUGAAUUGCAUCGCUGAUCCCAUUCUUUAUUGCUUUGUGAGCGAAACUGCACGAACAGACAUACUGAAUUUGCUGUGGUGUCGCCUGUGCCUACGAAAGCGUGAGGGAGACAAUGCUUUUUGCAGUUCUGCUACAAAAAGUAGUGUGCUGGUCACCUACAGAACUUCCUGUGAAAGAGAGACUGGACAAAAAUGCCCGAGUGAGAACAUUCAAAGCAAGAUUGGAUAACCUGAAGGGGAAAGAAAAAUUCUUCCCUAAUCUGUGCCUAGGAAAUAGCUGCAAAGUCACAGAUACUAAUCUGAGUGAAAUCAGUAGCUGGAACUAAUAAGAACUUAUUACAGGGUCAAUGAAAUCAAUGGAGCAUCAACAUAUAUCUUAAAAUCAGGCACAGUACGUAAAUCAGUGUCAACAAACAAACGCAUAGUCAAGAAAGAUGACCAUGACAUGCUGACAGAAUUACUGAGGAUCCCCCACAGACCUACCUCCUGUCACAGCUUGCUAGUUAGCCCACAUGCUGGGCAUACACAUACUCAGCUGGAGGAAUGCUGAAAUCCUCUUAACUUAGGCAUUUCUUUUCCAGUUUUAGUAGAAACUUAAAGCUUAGCUGUGAAGGAGCCCCAAAAGGGAUUAUUUUUAAAAUCAGUACUGUGAUAGAAGUGAGUAAAGCAUGUGCACAUGGAGACGCUUCAAAGGAUUGACAAAAGAGCAGACAGAGGGAACCUGGUAAAUCUCUGUAAUUUCAUCGUGCAAUUUAUGCUGCUAUGAGGGUUCCUGUGCUUCAGUAAUAACUUAAAUUCUUCUUCAGCAUACCCCUGUGAUUAACCACUUCUUAAAGUGGUUUACCUCAUGUGGACAGGUACUUUUACCUGCUUUUUAGCUCUUGUUUUCUUUGGAAAUUAUAUGUUCUAAUGUUUAACCACGUGGCAUGGAAUUUCAUUACAAUACCUAUAGUGAGUUUCAGAUAGUUGACGAUUCAUUACUUCAAGUGCCUAUUAAGACCCAAAUUCUAGCCACCAAUGGUUUAACUCAGAUGGCAUUUUUCCUGAUAUAUGCAUUUUGAAAGGUGAGAUUUCAUAUCUUUACAACAUAAAUAACCAGCCUUUAGGCUUGCUUAUUAUGACUGAUUUAUGGAGUGUAGUUACGUUUACAGAGUCAAUAGGGCAAGAAGGAUUAUUAUCCAUUUACUUAACUGCAUCUGGAGGCCUCAGCUAGAGGUUCCAGGGCUCUUAGUCUGCCAGCUUUUUAAAAAAUCAAACAACAAACCAAUAAGCAAUACUGACAAACCAGCAAAGAACAUGAAUAUGCCAACAAACAUAAGAAUGGCAGCAAAAGAACCCACAUUUUGAAAGGUCUGAAGUUGCUACAAAUCAAAAGUAGAGCUGUUAAAUUCAGGAACCUGUUCCUGCGCAGGCCUCUGCAACAGCUGCAUUGUUCCCUGAUAGCAGCAGACGCUCAACCCUUUGAAAAGAGUUAAAACAACAUGGAUUUUUUUUUCUCUCCUCCAACAACAUUUUCACUUUUUUCUGUUGCCAGGAAGAAUGUUUGGUUAUGGUGGUUGUCCAGUUUCAUAGGGAAAAUAUGUUCCUUCCAUCAAAAUAAUUCCCUUCUAGCAAGUCUGUGGAGUAGAAAGAUUUUGACCAGCACGGUUUUUUAGCACACUCUGGGUCUAACAUGAUACUUGGAGGAUGAACAUACAGUGAUCGCAUGCAAUAUGGACAUUCUUAUGAGAAAAACCCUCUGCUUGUAGAUCACAAAUUUCUCCAUUACAUUAUCAUCAUUUUCUUGAAUUCCUAUUAGUGUCUAUUUACACUUUCAAUUAAUUUCACACUCAGAGAGGCAGAGGAGGCUGCGCUUGUUCAGCCUGGAAAAGAGAAGACUUUGGGGGACCUAAUGGCACUCUUGCAAUGCCUGCAAGGAGAGAAGUGAGAAGAUGGAGCCAAACUCUUCAUACAAGUGCAUAGCAGGAGGACAAGAAAUCAUGUGCAUAUCUUGAAGCAAGAAGGGUCAGAGUUAAUAUAAGAAAAUUUUUUUAACUGUGAGGACUGCCAAGCAGCAGAGCAGGUUGCACCAAAACGUUCUUCCUGCUGCGUCCUGAUGGAUUUUCAAGGCUCAACUGAACAAAGCUCUGAGCAAGCUGGUCUGGCCUCAUAGCUGAAUUUCGUUUGAGCAGAAAGCUGGACUAGAGACUUCCAACCUUUAUUGACCUGUGAUACUAUGAACUGUGUAUGUCACUACUCUGGCUGUUCCUGUGCCUUCUGUGUUUCCAUUUGCUGGAUUUUAUUUUGUUUUGAUGUGAGUUGUUUUGUG